AUGGCGUUCGAACUCACCGCGGCGGAGCUCGAGGAGGCCGUCACCGAGCGAGAUAAGGAUGCGAUCAACAAGGCGGGCGGCCAUCUCGGCAUCGCCGAGAAGCUGAAGACGGACCCGAAAGUUGGCCUGUGCGGAACCGAGCUCUCCGAGGAAUCGCUCGCUAGGCGUAAGGAGGCGUUCGGCGUCAACGAGUUCGAGUAUCCUCCGCCCAAGAGUUUCCUGCAGCUGUGCAGAGACGCGCUGGAUGAUCUCACGGUCCAGAUCCUGUGCGUGGCCGCGAUUAUCUCGCUCGGCAUCGGCGCGGGGCUCCCGAAGCAUCGCGAGGAGUACGGCUACCUGGAGGGUAUCGCGAUCGUCAUCGUCGUCUUCGUCGUGGUCUUCCUGCAGGCGUACAUCGACUACGUCAAGGAGCAAAAGUUCCGCCAGCUCAACAGCAUCAAGGACAACUACGCCGUGAAGGUUGUCCGCAACGGUGAGGUGCACGCGGUGACCGCAGGCGAGGUUUUGGUGGGCGACGUAGUCGAGCUCAGCGCGGGCGACAAGGUCCCCGCCGACGGCGUAUUCCUCGAGGGCAGCAAGCUGCGCGCCGACGAGUCCGCGAUGACCGGCGAGCCCAUCGGCAUCGCCAAGUCCCACGACAAGGAUCCGUUCCUCCUGUCCGGGACGACAAUCUCCGAGGGAUCCGGCCGCAUGGUGGUCAUCGCCGUCGGCUCGUCGUCGCAGUGGGGCGUCAUCUUGAAGACGCUCAUCGUCGAGCCGAGCUCUACCCCUCUUCAGGAUCGUCUCGACGUGCUGGUGGUGACCGUCGGUAACUUUGGCAUCGGCGCCGCGAUCGCCACGUUCAUCGCGUCCAUGAUCCGCUGGAUCAUCGACGGGUCCGAGGGCAAGGGUUGGGACGGGGUCCUGAUCCUUGACUACCUGAUCAACUCCGUCACCAUCGUCGUGGUCGCCAUCCCGGAGGGUCUCCCCCUGGCCAUCACGCUCGGCCUCGCGUUCGCGAUGCGCAAAAUGAUGGCGGACCAGAACCUGGUGCGCCGCCUGGAGGCGUGCGAGACGAUGGGUAGCGCCACGCAGCUCAACGCAGACAAGACCGGGACUCUGACCCAAAACAGGAUGACGGUGACGGACGCGUACCUGGGCGGCACCCAGUACGACUCGGUCCCGCCCGAUGACAUAUCCGAUGAGUUCGCCGCAUUACUCGCCGAGAGCAUCUGCGUCAACUCCGACGCCAACCUCGCGCACAACGAGAACGGCACCGUCGACCACAUCGGAUCCAAGACGGAGUGCGCGCUACUUCAGCUCGUCGAGGAUCUGAGGUCCGCGGGCAAGGGUAAUCUUCCCGAGUCCAGCAACUUCGCGUACGUGGCGGGGCGCGAGAAGCACGACGUGGCGCAGAGGUAUCACUUCACGUCCGCGCGAAAGCGCAUGAGCACAGCCGUGCCGAUGAACGGCGGCGUCAGACUUCACGUCAAGGGCGCGUCGGAGAUUGUCGUGAAGCUCUGCACCAAGAUGAUGAAGACAGACGGCUCGGUAGAGGACUUCUCCCCGGAGGAUCUCGCCGCCGCGGAGAAGGCCAUCACCGCGAUGGCGUCCACGGGUCUUCGCACGCUCUGCAUCGCGUACGUCGACCUCGACACGGCGCCGAGCGGUUUGAGCGACGAGCCCCCGGAGGCUAACCUCACGCUGCUCGGCAUCACCGGCAUCAAGGACCCGAUCCGCCCGGAGACGGCGGAGGCUGUCCGGCUCCUGCGCCAGGCGGGAGUGAUCGUGCGCAUGGUCACCGGUGAUAAUAAGCUCACCGCCGAGGCCAUCGCGAGGGAGGCUGGAAUUCUCGAGGAUGGCGACGACGGCCUCAUCCUUGAGGGCCCGGUGUUCCGCAAGAUGAGCCAGAGCGAGAAGGAAGCCGUCGCGGUCAAGAUCAGGGUACUCGCGCGCUCCUCCCCGGCCGAUAAGCUCAUGCUGUGCAACCUACAGAAGUCUCUCGGUGAGGUGGUUUCCGUCACGGGCGACGGCACCAACGACGCGCCCGCGCUCAAGGAUGCCGACGUGGGCUUUGCGCUCGGCAUCGCCGGCACCGAAAUUGCCAAGGAGGCUUGCGACAUUGUCAUCCUCGACGAUAACAUCCAGUCGAUGGCCAAGGCUGUGCUGUGGGGGCGCAACGUGUUCCAGUCCAUCCGCAAGUUCCUCCAGUUCCAACUGGUCGUGAAUGUGGUGGCGGUGAGUCUCAACUUCAUCUCUGCUGCUGCGGGAAUCACCGAGCUUCCGCUCGCCGCAGUUCCCCUCCUCUGGGUGAACAUGAUCAUGGACUCCAUGGGCGCCCUCGCGCUGGCCACCGAGCCCCCGUCUCCGCAUCUCAUGGAACGCAAGCCAUUCGGACGAUCCGCGCCGCUCGUCAACAAGGAGAUGUGGCGCAAUAUCGUCGUCAUGUCCCUGUAUCAGCUCAUUGUCUGCCUCGUGCUCCUGUUUGCCGGGCAAGACCUCCUGGGCAUCGACGAGAGCGACGGGGAUGGGCACUACAGGACUCUUCGCGUCAACUCCGUCAUCUUCAACGCCUUCGUCUUCAUGCAGAUCUUCUCCGAGAUCAACAGCAGGAAGAUCAGCGAGUGGAACGUCUUCGAGGGCAUCCAGAACUCGCCCAUUUUCUGCUUCAUCAUCUUCCUCACCAUUGGCACGCAAGCGGCGUUCAUCGAGGGCGUCGGCCGCACCGUCGUGGGUCCCGCCAUCGGGUUCAUGAACCUCACCGGCGGCGAGUGGGCAGUGUGCAUCGUCAUAGGCUUCUGCGCCCUGCCCGUCGGCUUUCUCGCCAGGCAGCUCCCGCUCGAUAUCUUCCCCGGGAGAACCGACGACGAAGCCGCGGCUGAGUCGAUGGAGCAGAAGAAACAAGCCGUAGCCGCCGCCAACGCGGCCGUCGCUCGCGACGCCGCGCUCGGCGCCGGCGACGUGAACAUCAGCCUGGGCGACAACGCGGCCGCGAAGAGGAGGUGGAGCAAGGUGAGGAACGUGAUGCACGCCUACUCCGCUUUCAUGUCGCCGCUCACCGUACCGGUGGCGGAGUCUCGAGAGCGCGCGAGGGGUCGUUCGCUGAGUCUGACGGUGGGAGACGAGGAGGAGUUCCUGGCGGCGGGUCUGCCGUCGCCGACGACGAGCGCGGCGAGGACGAAGAGCACCGAGUUCCGCACCGUAUCGCCCGGCUCCGAGACGUCCAUCAACAUGAAAUGAUGA